AUGGUUGGCACAACUUCCUUGGCCUUCACAGCUUCGCACGAAGUUCCCCCUCCAGACUGCGUUGAAGACACCGAAGCCUCAGGUGCGGGCGGGCGUCGAGGUUUUUUCCAACAACUGCCAUUCACGGAUUCACGGACCUGCUUCUUCACAGCCUCUGUCGACGACGCAGCCUCCACAAGCCCGUGCAAGGGAAGUACAUUGCUUUUAGUGUUGGUUCAGGGCCAUGACUGCCUCCAACAGCUCGUGUCCAUAGUCCGCUCGCCACGUCUGCGUGGCCAGCUCUUUGUAUGCCUGGUUCGAGAGCACCGACGAAAGUGCCUGCAGACAAUGGAACGCGGCAUCCAUGGUGGAGUUGUUCCAGGCAUCUAUGAACCCAUGACGCGGUCUGUAGCCGUCGGCCUUCAAGCUGGAGUUCAGGAUAAAAGUACUUCGUGCAGGACGCCCGCGAUAUACCUGGCAUCAACGAUGCUUCGUGACACGCAGCUGCCCGUUCACUGGCAGAGGACCUCGUCAUCCUUCCUUGGUGCCUUGCAAGGUUCGGAAUUCGCCGAGAAGUGUCCAGAACAAGCGACCGAGCUCCUUCUAACCACCCUUCCGCAUUUGCGAUGCACCCCCCUCCCUCCCUCCUGUGAGCCCCCGGAGGAGCUGCAGACCGAUGCCGUGGGGGUUUUUGCCCAACUACUACAAUGCUCUUUUUUGCGAUCUUUCCCUGGGACCCCCCCUGGAACCUCACCCACUAACACACCCAAGCCUUGA